UCGGGCCAUGGGGGACAACGCGGAGAUGCGAGGGAUGGCAGAGAGCUCUUCAUGGAAGAGAUGCAGACAGUACGUCGUCCGCUGCGUCGACGAUCUUCUGCAGGAAUUUGCCCCGCAGAGCAACGAGGGCGACAAAGAGGGCCUGCAAAUAGGCGUCAGCAUUAGGGUAGACCAGAGUAAGGAAGUGGAUGGCAUUGCGAGUGUUGACAUUGACGUCAACACGGCUGUCGUGCAGGGUGGGGACGUAGGCAUCAGCAUUGGAGCAGACCAGGGUGAAGAGGUGGUCAUCAGCAUGGGAGCAGACCAGAAUGGGGACGUGCGCAUCGACGAGGCAGUCUGGGAUGCGUUUGCACGCAGCAUUGACCUCGCGUCGCUGAGACGUGACGUGCAGUGGGAGGCAGAGCAUCCCCGCCCCCUCCUCGUCGUCGUCGACGACAACAUGUACUACCGCGGCAUGAGGCGCGAGUAUCGCCGCGUCGCCCGCCGGCACGCCGCCGGCUUCUGCGUCGUCCACGUCGCGUGCGACCUCACCGACGCCCUCUACCGG